GCCGUGUGCGAGAUAGCUCGUGUUGCCGUCCGCAACGCAUAACCGACACGGCUGCUCGUUCGACGGGGUGCGUUCCCGGUCGCUCGGGGACACUCGAUUCAUUUUCGUUCCGGCGUUCGAGCGUGCAGCACCACGGGCAUAUAGAGAUAUUGAAAAGUGAGUGAAUUUAGAGCGUGAACUAGAAACACGAAAAGCGUACGUGUGUGAGGAAAGUGUCUGUGCGUGUGCUGAAUAGGGCGAAGUGCGGAAGGUAGCACAGUUCGUGACAAUUCGUCCUCCUUUUUUCGGUGCACGUGUGUGUGUAUGUGUUUAUGCUACAGAAAAAAAACACGGGCAAUUAAAAAUCAUAAACAAGCGAUUCAGUUGUGCAGUGAGUGAGUGAGUGAGAAGCGCACAUAUAUUCGCAGCUUCACCAACCGCAACACAUCGACAACACCAUCAUCGCCAUGACCCUGCCAACGAACAGUUCGUCCACCGUGGCCGAGGACGACUCGGACAUGUUUGGACCGCCGCACUCGUCGCCCCCGAUCCGUCGCAACCGGCCAAAGGUGCCGAUGAUCUCGCCCCAGCUGAAACAGCGCGAGGUGCGCAAGCGGAUCCUACAGCUGUGCGUGCACAAGCUGGAACGGAUCAAGGACUCGGAGCGCAACCUGCGCCGUUCGGUGUGCAUCAACAACACGUACUCCCGCCUGACCGAUGACAUACGGCGCGAGAAGCAGCACAAGCUCCUGAUGCUCUCCAAUCUCGCCAAAUCCAAUGAUAGUAACCGUAAGCAGCUUGAUGAGGACGACGUGUCGUCGGAGGAUUGCAUCAACAACAACAUUACCAAUGCGAACAACAAUAAUCACCACCAUCUGCACCACCAUCACCACCACCACCAUCUGCACCAUCAUCAUGGCAGCAGUAGCUGCAGUGGCGAACUGGGCGAGUUUGUGCACAACAAUGAAAACAUGAACAACAACUGUCAGCUGCAGCAUAAUCAUAAUCUAUCCUCGCAACACCACCACAACCACCUCAACCACCACCAGCAUCUGCAGGCCCUGCACCAACGGUUGUCCCAGUCGCACCAUCUUCACCAGGCGGCCAGUCCCGCACAACAGGCGAACGAAGCAUGCAACCAGGGAGCCGUCUCCAACAACACCUCGUCCUCCUCCGCUUCCUCCUCCCCGUCGGAGUUCUCCUCGACCGUCCCGGACACGGACCGGCCGGUGAGCCAAAGAAAGUCGUCCUCGGUCGAAACGGAUCUGGAAACGCUCGAUCGCGAACUGUGCGCGCUGGACGCCGCAAUGCCGCUGGUCGAUCCGGAGAUAACGCAGGGCGCGGAACAGCUCGAGCAGGCGAUGGUGUCCCGCAAGCGCAAGUUCGCCUCGAUCGACGACGACGACAGUGAUCGGUUGGUGCGGGAAGCCCUGUCCCAGAUCUAUCUGCCCAGUGCCGGCCGUCUGCUGACCGGCAUCGACGAUUGUCCACCGGCAACGGACGGCCGACCCGGUGAGGAGGAGAAUCAUACGCGCGACGAUGACGACGUCGGCGAGUGUAUCUCACCGAAGCGACCAAAGAUUGGCGACCUGCUGGAGCAGCAUUCCUUCUCGCACCCCUUCCUGCACCCGUUCCAUCCGCUGCCGGAUCUGGCCGGGUUCGACUAUCAGGUGCACCAUCACCAUCAGAAGGAGUUUGAGGUGAUAAUGGAUGCGCUUCGGCUUGGCGUGAGCAACGGAGGUGCAAUGGCGGCGGCAGCCGUUGUGGCCGCAACAUCGGCAGCCGGAGCAGCGGCAGCGGCAGCAGCAGCAGCAGCGGCCGCAGCGGCAGCCACCGGGAACGCGACCGGCACGGCGAUGGGAUGCGGUGUUACCGGAAGUGCGGCCGGAAAUGGUCCGGUAACGAUGGGUUCGAACGGCGCAGGACCGAAUGGGGCCUGUAACGGGGGCCCGGUCGGUGGGGGUGUCGAUUCCUGUGGCCAGGCGGCCAUGCUGAUGGGUACGGACGGUGGUGCCAGCGUGUUCCACAAUCUCGUCGUUACGUCGCUGGAAACUUGAAAGUAGGCCGCCGACACACAACGGCGCUCGGUGCGUGUGUGCGAAUGGUUGCUGUAGUAGUGGUAGUAGCGAUAGUAGUAGUAGUAGUAGUAGUAGUAGUAACACCACGUACCGUGUACGAACGCUCCCCCAAUACGUUAACGUAAUUCUUAAUUUAUUUGCCCUAAAACGCAGCGCGCCUCGGUGGCGGAGCAAAGGAAGACAGACGAAGAAGAAGAAGCGCACAUUGGAAGGGAAAUUGAUUUCACUUUUUCGUUUCCCGCCCCUCGCCGUUGGUAGGAGGGGAGUGAGGUAUGCAAUGAUAAUGUGCAACACACACACACACUUACAUGCACACACACACAGACAGCUCUGCGUUGUUGGAUGAGGAAGUGAUGCGUGUUUCCACAGUGAAGGAAAAAGUGUCAAACUGUUGUCCGUCUUGCCUGUGCAACAAAGCUUAGCAUACGGUCCGUUGCGGGUUGACCAUUUUCCACGCUUUGAGUAUUUUUUUACAUGCGGACAAAUCUUCUUAGAAUCCCUUGGAGUGUCUUAAAAGGCUUAGAUCCGGCUGGUCUGAUCAGUAGUCCGGUCGGCUUUCGCGCAGUGGAAGUAGAUCUGGCUCUGAUCAGACUCUGGAAGUAGCUGGUUUGGUCUAUGCAUGUGUACGUGUGUGUAUGUUUUGCCAAAACCGCGACACAUCGCUGCUGCAGACGCCGGAGGGAGGAAAAAACAAUUGCGUCACUUUAUAGACAAUUUUUAUUUAGUUCAAUUUUAGCAAAGUGGCCAAUCAUCAUCAUCGCCAGUAGUAGAAGCUGCAUUGAUUGAUGCACGCCGCGUUCGGUAAAGUGUGUUGCUGCUUAGGGAAAGAUUUGUAUUUUAAUUUCACAACCAACCAAAAUCAUAUGCAGCACUGCUCGGGCAGGCGUUUAUAGGUUAAUUUUUUUUUAUUGUAAUUAAUUAUGUUAUUGAUCUUUAGUAAUAUUAUUCUAAUUUUUAUUUCGAAACUCACACACAUACACUCCUCAUCAGUGACAGUGCACGACAGCUCUUCUCUAUCUGGCUGUGGGCUAGAAAUGCGGAAAGGAAUGAACUAGAAACUUACCUGUCCGGCCCACCUAGAUCUAGUUGCAUUUCGCCAUCGGAUGGACUUUUUGUGGAAUGUGCAGUACGCAGGAAGUUGCUAAACAGCUGCUCGGAAACAGUGUAAUAUUUAAAAGUGGAACGAAAGCAAUGAAAAGUGCAAAUAUUUAUGGGCAACACAGCAGCCAAAAGCAAUCCAACCGGACUUUGGAUAAGGAUAUUAGCAAGAAGUGAAUUAACCAAGAGCUGUAGAAAACGAGAGAGAUGUUUCCUGGUACGCUGGGCCCUUAAUUACAUGCCAACCAGGCCAAUCCUGAUUCUACCAAGAUUUGGUGAAUAGUUGCGAACAAGAGCUAUCUUUACCAUUCUUCCCAUCACUGCAGAGAAAACUUUACCAAACCGAGGAGGAGGUGGUGGUCGUGGCGAAAACCGUGUGCGUAAUGGAAUUCGUUUCCGGUAAAUGCAAUCCUCGCGCGUGGUUUCGCGGCAACGGUGCCAGACUCUUUGGCCCACUGUCACGCUGCGGGGUUUUUUGUCUGUGUGUGUUUUCCUUCCUUUUUUCGUAUUUUUUUUGAGACCAUCUAACGGUCAUCACGCAACACAACGGUGCCUCGGCAACAGUUUGUGGCUAUGGUGCCCGUCGCAGGUGCGUCCAUCGCCGCAAGCCAAAGCACAUACUACACAGACAGCAAGACAAAGUGAGACGCGAAAUAAGUGAAAGUGUAAGGCAAACCCCCAUCGCGAGAGAGUGGGCCAAUGUAGUAAGAGAGAGAGAGAGAGAGCGACGAAGCAGCAGGGAAACGGUGGGCUUGAUUUAAAUCGUGCUCACUCGGUGGUGGAAAGCGAAAACAGGGAGGUGCUGUGGAGUGGGUUGUACGUGGUUUUUUUCCUCUAGUUUAUACAAGGGAGGAAAUCUUCUUAGACUCCCUUGGAGUGAAUCAAAGCAAACUCUACGGGAGUUGUACGGGGAUUCUUACCCAGUAAAACCGCUUCUUGUGUCAAGCAGUAUCAUCGUGGAUAUCACCUCACGGGAUAUUACUUCAUGAGUGGAACUUUGCACUGAACGCACAGUCAGCUCCUUCUUGUUCUCGCAAGCUCAGUAGGACAUUCUGUGAGUGUUAGACAACUUCCAAUCCACACCAGUGCGAUACGAUGUCUAGGUGUUGGUGGCUCCAUCUAGUGGCAAACGUCUGAUACUAUUCAAAGCAAACGGUUGCUACUAGCCUACUAAGAUACUGUCACUUCUCGCUUCGCCAUUUUGAAUAUCGGGAAUGUUCUAGUACUGUUUAGACUUUCAGUACUUUUUUCACUACGUGCCUAUUUUAGCUUUUUUCAACCAUUUUUAAACAACCCUCCACACAAACACACGAAAAGCUCUUUUAAACGUGUUGCAUGAAUGAUUUGUUUUCUCUCUCCUACUCUUUCUCUCACUCACUCGCUCGCGAGCUUACUUGGUUCAAUUAUCAGCGGGAGCAACACUUUUCCGCUGCUACGAUGGAGCGGUGGAAAACGAAUUCCAAGCUACUCUCGGGGUUUAUUUUUUUCCUCUGCUUUUCCCUUCCUUAGUAGCAAGGGUUGCCUCCCACCGCCAACAAUGGGGCAGAGGACAGUACGAGAGACGUGCGUGAAGAAGCUAAUAUACCGUUUCAUGCUUUGGCUACUAGGUUGGGCGGCCGGGUGCUGCUGGCGUUGUUGUUUGGUGUGCAAUUCGUAACGUUUCCAAUUUUUCUGCCCGUUGCUUUUCUCUGCUUGCCUAUCGCCGGCCCCACGGCCACCGUUAAUCCCUUGCUGUGGUUGAAAGUAUGUGUUUUUUGUUUUGUUCGCUACUGUUGUUGUUGCAUUCUAGUUGUUUCGAUUUUUCUCUUUCUUUGAAGGUAGUUUUUCCUUUCCGUUAUGUUUUUUGUCUUCUGUUUUUCGUUUUGCAUCACCAAAUGCGCGGGGGACUGCGAUUGAUUUUACUAUUGUUGUACCCUUUCUACCUUCUAUAAGACAACUCCCACCCCACCCCACCAUCCCCCAUUUCGGUUUUUCUUUUUCGUUAUCGUGAUGUGUGAUGGUGGGGCGACCGACCAGUGUUAGCAGCAGCACCAACAGCACAAAGCACCCGGUGCGCGCAUAAGACAUUGUUUCAUGUUGCUCAAAGUUUUUCGUUGCGCUUGGCGCAUUUUUUUUUUUGCUUCCCUGUUUCUGUUUUCAUCUCUUUCAUCCCACAUGUUUCCUGUUUCACCAAAAAUGACCGAUUUAAACCGUUUCUUACCCAGUUUUCGGUAGAAGUGCUGUGGCCAAAAAAAAAAAACAAAAAUUCUAACAGAAUGGAUGUAACCAAGGAUAAGCCGGGCAGUUUUAAAACACGUGAAGUCUCAUCAAUUUAGAUCAAAGAAUAAGACAAAAACUGAAACCAAAACAAUUACAAAACCAAUCGUCGAGCGAUGGGAUGCGUGGAGUUACAAGUCAGGAGAAAAAAAAUUUAAGUACAGCCAACAAUAUCAAGCUCAAGAAGGUCAGUCUGACCGAGACUUGGUGCUAGAGUGGAGAACAUUUGUGCCGAUAAAGAAAAGCCUAAUCUCAACACAUUGGGAAGACGAAGAGGAAGGUUAAGGCGAUGGGUGGUAGUCGAUCGCAUCAACUAGAGGAGCGUCAUUAGCAACACUCGUUUAACACUCGCGGGCGGGAAUGUUCCGGCUUCGGCUAGUGCACUUUAUACAGUGACUCGAAGCACAACAAUUCAAGAGAAAGAAAAACUUAACAUUAACUUAAAAAAAUACCCAACAAAAAAGCACACAAUUAUUUGUAAAACAAAAGCAUGUAGACAAGCAGUAGGCAGUGUAGUGAAACAAGUAGAAAGGAUAAUUUAAAGCAACAGAAAAAAAAAAACAAACAAUGAGCACAUACAUACGGACACAAAGAUGAAACAUCAGGAACAAAUACUCUCUUUACAAGAAGAAGCACGAAAAGCGAAAGAAUACACAAAACACAAACACAAGCAUUCGCAUCGAGAAGUGGCCUCCUUUCCUGUGUCCUAGUGCACCUUGUUGGCUCGGUGAUGAUUUUCUCGAGUAACGAUUGGGAAGAAAAACAAAAAGCCAAGAAAUUGUUAAGCAAAAAAAAACCCAACAGUGCUGGUGUGCCAGAGGAUAUGAAAGCAGGAGUUGUGGCAUAUGAAAACAAAAAUGGUUUUAUAAUUAGUGAGUUCUCUACAAGAAGCAAAUCAACCAUAGCAAAAUCAGAACAAACCAACAGCAACAAAAAACAACAAGAAGAAAACACUAACAAAAAAGAAUUACAACGGGGAGGGAAGAUAAGAAAUGAAAGUAAACAAAACCUGUGAUAUUAGCCGGUAAGCAUAUGCAAACAGAAACAAACAAAAAGAAGUGACUCUUAACCACACCUACUACAGCAUAGAGAUAGAAAAAAAAAACGGAAAGAAAAAAAAACAAAAAAAUAAAGACGUGCAUUGCAAGGGAAAAAAGAUAUACAGCAAGAGAGAGGGAGAGAGAGAGAGAGAGAGAAAGAAAGAGAGUGAAAGACGUUGAAAAACGAGCGAAAGAAAGCUAGUUUUAACAAAUGGAAAAGGACCAUAACAGCCCACGUAAAAGUGGUGUGUGAGGAAAAAAUGUUUGUAAAAAAACACACAAACCAAAACAUACAACAACAAAAACACACACACACACUCAAACAAAAAUUUGCUGUAGAAUUAUUGUAAAGAAACAAAAUCACUAAUAAUUUACAAAACAAAAAAAAAACAAAUGGCAAUGGAAACGUUACUAGAAAGUGUGAAACGGAAGAAGCACGAGAAUAUGCGCGAUAAAACAAAUGUUAAUAUUAAAACAGGAGGAAGAGAUAAUUGAAUUGAAAAAAAAUAAUGCAAACAAACAAACACAACAAAAAAAAAACUAAUAAAAACGAUGAAAAUUGAAAAGCAUUAAAGAAAAUAACAAAAAAAAA